CCACCACGACCUAAACAGCACCAGGAGGGAGAGGAGAGUCGCAGCAGCAGCAGCUCCGCUUUCAGCCUGCAUGGGCUAGUCGGUUAGCUAGCUUAGCAUCGUCCGACUACGCCGCACCGCCUCUUCUGCCCGCCGACAACCCCGGGUUGUUAUCUCCGCGUUUUCAUCUUCGUCCCCCGCCAGUCCUGCCCCCCCCCCCCUACGCCCGGCUUCAAGAUGAUGAAGUUUAGGUUUCGUCGGCAGGGCACCGACCCGCAGAGAGAGAAGAUAAAACAGGAGCUUUUCGCCUUCAACAAGACCGUGGAGCAUGGGUUCCCUCAUCAGCCCAGCGCUUUGGCCUUUGACCCCAAGCUGCGACUUAUGGCCAUCGGGACAAAGUCAGGAGCCAUCAAAGUCUACGGGGCCCCUGGUGUGGAGUUCACAGGACUACACAGAGACACCACUGCUGUCAUACAGAUCCUCUUCCUGCCUGGACAGGGCCGCCUGCUGUCACUGUUGGAUGACAACACGAUUCACCUGUGGGAGCUGGUGGCCGGUGUUAAGAGAGAGGGCGUGGUCAGUCUACAGGAAGUGGGCAACUACAGCCUCCCAGGAAGGCCUGGCAUUGAGAGCUGCAGUGCCACUCGGGUGACUGUCCUCCUCUUGCUGCAGUCUUGCAACCUGCUCUGCAUUGGAACAGAGGGAGGGGGCGUGUACUUCCUGGAAAUGCCCCACCUCUCCCUGAAGGACAACCAGACACUGCUCCAGGAUCAGGUCACGCAGAGCCUGCCGGAUGAUUACAGAUGUGGAAAAUCCUUGGGGCCAGUUGAAUCUCUUCAGGAACAUCCCCAGCAGUCAGGGAAGAUCCUGAUUGGCUACAGCCGGGGCCUAGUGGUCCUAUGGGACCUGGACACCCGUCAUGCUGAGCAGCUGUUCCUGGGCAAGCAGCAGCUGGAGAGCCUGGUGUGGGAACGCUCUGGAAAAUUGUUUGUCAGUUCCCAUAACGAUGGGGGCUACUCCGUGUGGACUGUUACUAAUGGCAACACCUACAAUCACCAGCCAGUGUCCUCCAACAUCCCAUAUGGUCCAUUUCCCUGUAAGGCCAUCAACAAGAUCCUGUGGAGGACAACACAGACGGGUUCUCCAGUGUUGUUAUACAGCGGAGGGAUGCCCAGAGCCAGCUACGGUGACCGCCACUGUCUGACCAUUCAACAAGACAAAGACCACGUCACUCUCGACUUCACAUCCCGAGUCAUUGACUUCUUCACCAUCCACAGCAUAGAGCCAGAGGAAGAGUUCGAUGAACCGUCUGCGGUGGUAGUGUUACUAGAAGAGGAGCUGGUUGUGAUUGACCUCCAGACCCCCGGGUGGCCCUCUCUGCCCACUCCUUACCUGGCUCCUCUCCACUCCUCAGCCAUCACCUGCUCCUUCCACGUCUCCAGCGUCCCUCCCAAACUCUGGGAGAGGCUGGUGAACGCUGGCAAAGCACAGCAGGGCCGGCAACACACACAUGGGAGUUGGCCCAUAUGUGGAGGGAAAAACCUGGCACCUCUACCCAAACAACAAGAGCUGCUGUUGACAGGACAUGAAGAUGGCACCGUUCGUUUCUGGGACGCGUCAGGUGUUGCUCUUACUCCUCUGUACAAACUCAGCACAGCCAACGUCUUCCACACCGACUGUGACCCGAGCGACGAUCCUCAGGACCCGGGCAACGACUCUGACAUGCAGCAAGAGGAGGAAUGGCCCCCCUUCAGGAAGGUGGGCUGUUUCGACCCGUACAGCGAUGACCCCAGGCUGGGCAUCCAGAAGAUCAGUCUGUGCAAAUACAGCAACAAACUGGUGGUGGCUGGAACUGCUGGACAGGUGAUUGUUCUGGGUUUGAGUGACGAGCGUUCGGACCACUUUGUGGACGUGUCGGUGGUUGACCUGCUACAGGACAGGGAGGGCUUCACCUGGAAGGGCCAUGACAGGCUGGAGCCGCGCCUUAAACCCGCCCCCUUCCUUCCUGGCUUUCAGCCGCUGGUGCUGGUGCAGUGCCUGCCGCCAGCCUCCGUUACAGCGGUGGCUCUGCAUGCCGAGUGGAACCUGAUCUCUUUCGGGACGAGUCACGGAUUUGGCCUGUUCGACUACCACAGACGAAAUGCUGUGCUGGCCAGGUGUACCCUGCACCCUAAUGACUCCUUGGCAAUGGAGGGCCCCCUGUCCAGAGUCAAAUCCUUGAAAAAGUCCUUAAGACAGAGCUUCCGACGCAUCCGCAAGAGCAGGGUGUCGGGAAAGAAACGCACCAUCACCACACCAACCAGCAAGGUCCAGGAGGCCAACGCUGCUCUGGCAGAGCAGGAGGAUGUGGCCCCAGUACAACGAAGGAUUGAACCCCGGUCUGCAGACGACUCGCUGUCCGGAGUGGUCCGAUGUCUCUGCUUCGCUGACACCUUCCUACGUGACGGUACACACCAUGGCCCCACAUUAUGGGCGGGCACCAACUCAGGCAGCGUGUAUGCCUACGCUCUGGAGGUGCCUGGUGUCGGCUCGGGGCGUGUGUGUGAGCGUGGCGGAGCGGGCGAGAGCAGUGUGUGUGUGGAGGCAGUGUUGGGUAAAGAGAUCCAGCUGAUGCACAGGGCUCCCGUGGUGUCGAUCUCAGUGUUGGACGGCCGGGGGAAACCGUUACCGGACCCAUACGAAGCCUCCCAAGACCUUGCCAUCGCUCCGGAUAUGACCAAUGCUCAUUCUGUCCUCAUCGCCUCAGAGGAACAGCUGAAGGUGUUCUCUCUCCCCAAGGUGAGCGCUAAGACAAAGUUCAAGCUGACGGCGCACGAAGGCUGUCGGGUGAGGAAAGUGGCCCUGGUGGUCUUCAGCUCCACAGCGCAAGAAGACUACUGCGAACACACACUGGUCUGUCUGACAAACCUGGGCGACAUGCACCUCUUCAACAUUCCUGGCCUGCGACCACAGGUACGCUACGACUGCAUCCGUAAAGAAGACAUCAGCGGCAUUGCGUCCUGCGUCUUCACCAAGAACGGACAGGGGUUUUACCUGAUCUCUCCCUCAGAGUACGAGAGGUUCUCCCUGUCCGCCAAGGUCCUCACUGAACCGCUCUGCUCUGUUCAGCUGGACCGACCGCUAGAGCCCACACCUGCCAGCGAUGGCACGACGACGCAGCCGCAGGCCAACGGAACCCACAAGAACCAGAUGGGUCAGGCUGAGGGGCAAACAGAAGAGCCUCCGAGCGCCCUGUCCUCUCCCCUCCUGGACACCCCGCUGGACUCCCCCCUCAGCUGUGCUGACCUCACCCUCGACUCCACCGGAGAAAUCACUGUGGAGGACGUCAGGGAUUUUCUAACCACUGUGGACGAGGCAGAGAAUAACCUAAAGAACAUUAAAGAGGAGGAGGGACGUUCAACUGGCAUCCUCAUUAACUGAACAGUAUUACAGGGAGGGCCCAAGUGGUCUGGAUGGAACGGAUUUCAGUGCUGGACCACAAACAUCUCCCGUCAGCCCAUUGUGGAGCCCCCAGCCAGCACUCUGCACUCUCCUUUUAACCUGGCACAAACUAGGAGGAAGAGGAGAAGGAAUACAGCAUUUAAGACUCUGGUUCCUCCCUCUACUUCUUCUUCUAUGAACACUUUGGAAACAUGACAUUGCCUCCCACAUGGACACAGCCUAGUUAGCAAAGCGUGGCGCCUGGAUGGACCUGGAGCCGAUGAUCCUGAUUUCAAGAACUGAAAACUGGAAUUUCUGUCGUCCAUGUCGAUGCUCUAUGCGUCGUUCCUCUUUGGGCCUUCCCCUGGUGACUUGAUGGCUCACCAGGCGUGAUGACUAUGGCUUAGCCUUUGAGGAAAGGGCUGUUACAAUCGACAUAGGAGACCCUACCGGUGACGUUUCUGUGUUUUUAUUUUUUUAUCCACAGUCUUGUGGUGUGCUGGGAUUGGUCUGAGGUCUCCUCACAGUUGGAACUAGAACUCAGUCGCUAAAUGUGCUUGUUGAUUUCUCGUGCAUAUUAGUGGAUGUGUUGGAUUGUUCUGCACGCUGCUUAACACCACAACCCUGUGAAUGACCCCUGUUUAUGAACUGACUAGCAAAUGAAGUAUUUUGAAUAUUUGAGUUUUAACAGCUGUAGCAUUUGUAUUUUUCCCCUCCGAGGCGCCAUUACGGGCAGUUGAAUUGCCUCACCCAGUGUCCUGUGUGGGUUGAGAUGGUGCUUAAAUCAGUUUCCAAAUCAGUGAGCCAAUAUGUUAUCACACACAAGCACAUCACCACCCAGGUUUGAGCAGCUCUCUGUCUACUCUCUCGGUGUUUAAAAAAAACAAAAAAAAACUGAGAUGGGAUAAUAAAGGUGAUUUGUACUGCAAAUAUUGAUGCUUUAUUAAAUAUGUUUUGUAUGGCUUGUAGAGAUAUUUGAAUGGAAAAUAGAGUGGGGGAUGCAAGAGGAAAGAAUUCAAACAGAUUUCAAAGGGAACCAGCUGGUGAGGGAAACGCAGGGUGAUGUGUUUAGGACUAAAGCGGAUUUAGAGAAUGUGAUAUUUUUACCUUACUGCUAAAUGCAUGGUCUGAGUUGCAAAUACAUUCUUUACCUCUUUGAUUCAGUUUUUUAUCAGGCAGAUAGUGCCGUGUGUAACAAUGGGAAGAGGGCAGUGAUGCCAUAAGAGUGUAAUGUAGAGGUGUAAUGGUACAACACAUCUGCAGUGAAUUGUUUUAAUCAGCCUCAUAUUCGGCGACGUCAGAGAAACAUCUGGUUGCACCUCCAGUUUUGAAGCGCUCUUGUAACUUGUUACAUCACUGUCCCCUCAUGUGUACCGUAAGGAAGCUCUGCUCACAGAGACCAUGUGAUAUGAAGGUGACACCAGCACAACCCCAGAGGACGCAGUGAGUACACUGUGAUAAGCGUUUGAGAGCAGUUUGUUUUUAAUCUAGUUUGGUAAAAUCGGGACUGAUGAAAAGUGUUCUCUGUAAUUCAAAAAUAAAGACAAGGGGGCGAAGGUAAAGGAGGUGGUUAAUUUAAGGGUCUAAAGUUAAGUCCUCCCGCCUGUUAAGGUUACUCAUGCAGAAAUCUUUUUGAAGGGACUCAGGGAAGUGUGGCGAGGGAAGCAAAGUCAGUCUGAAUGCUAAGCGUAAUGUACUGUGUACACUAUGAUGAACCCAGGAGAUUUCUUUUUUUGGGUUUCUGUGAUUUGGUGCAUUCUGGGUAAUAUUUGCUAAAUGCAGAGCUUUGGUCACCAGUAUUUUUAACCCCUUUUUAAAAAAAAUAAAUUACUGUGUAAAAACAAAUGUAUACAUUAUCUAUAGCUAGGUUUACAAAAGACAGGUUUAUAACAGCAAGCCCAUGAUAAAGUGAAAUGUUAGAACUUUCUAGAAGCUGUCGGAGCUUAAAAACCACUCAGUAUUCAAGCUUUUUGAUCACCUCACAUUAAACAAGUAAAAAAGGGACCUCACUAUUAACUAAUGUAGCGCAACAGGUAGGAAUCGUCAUGUUAAUGCGUUUUGUUUUUUUUUUACUUUUGUGUUAGCUUUUGGUGCUGUGGUUCACACAAAUAAUUAAGCCUUUGAUGCUACACCUGGCACGAUUUACUUUUUAAGAUUUCCAAAAUUAAAAUGAAUUUGUUUCUACUCUGUCAUUCAGUUUUUUGUGUAGAAAUCAUUUAGCAUUUUGGCUGAUGAAGAAUUGUGAAUGUUAAUAAAAUUAUUUACUCUCUUUCUC